UAUUACAAAUGAGCCAGUUACAUACUGCAAUGAAUCAUUGCAAUAAUUUAAAAGCAAUUAAAAAUUCAAUUAAAAAAUUUAAAAAUAAUAUUCAACUAUUACUACCAUCAUCCGAUAAUUCUGAAAUAUUAACUAAUUCUGUACAAAUUAAUCAAGAUGAUACAAUGAUUAUUAGCAAUUCUGAAGAUGAAGAGGCACAAGAACAAGAAAGAAAUAAUAAUGCUAUGAGCAUAGAAGAGAGGAAUAAAAUAGUAUCAAAGUGGACUGCUAUGAUUUAUAAUGAUGUGCAUAUACAAAGUGAGAAGUGGGAUCAAUCAGAUUUCAAUGAGUUUGAUCCUGAUGAAUAA